CGGUUAGCACGCACACAGCGGCGGGGUGUAGGAGGCCCAUGUGGUGCGUCAAUGAGCGGGACUCAAACUGCAGCACAUCGGACAGCUUUCUCUGUGUAACCGGGGCCGCGGGGUGUCGGUGUGGGCCGCCGCGGGAAGAUGCUGCCCGAGGCGCAGGACGGGGAGGAGACGACGGUGUUCGCCGCCGCUGCCGCGUCUGUGCAGGUCCAGGUGGAGCCGGUGGGCCGCUGGUUCGAGGCCUUCGUGAAGAGGAGGUCCAGGAAUGUGUCGGCCUCCUUCCAGGAGCUGGAGGAAGAGGAGGAGUCCUCUGAGGAGUCCGAGGACGAGGAGCUGCAGCUGGAGGAGCACCCGCUGCUGCGAACACUCGACCCGAAAGACUGGAAGAACCAGGAUCACUACGCCGUCCUCGGACUCCCACACCUGAGAUACAAAGCCACACAGAAGCAGAUCAAAGCUGCACACAAAGCCAUCGUGCUGAAGCAUCAUCCAGACAAGAGGAAAGCCGCAGGAGAGCAGAUCGUGGAAGGAGACAACGACUACUUCACCUGUAUAACUAAAGCUAUAGAAGUCCUGUCCGACCCUGUGAAGAGGAGAGCUUUCGACAGCGUGGAUCCCACCUUCGACAACGCCGUGCCGUCCAAAGGCGAAGGAAAGGAGAACUUCUUCCAGGUGUUCGCUCCCGUUUUCGAGAGGAACGCCCGGUGGUCUUCCAAGAAGCUCGUACCCAGCCUGGGAAGCCUGGACUCCACUUUUGAAGACGUGGAUAAUUUUUACUCUUUUUGGUACAACUUCGACUCGUGGAGGGAAUUCUCCUACUUGGACGAAGAGGAAAAGGAGAAAGCAGAAUGUCGAGAUGAGCGCAGAUGGAUCGAGAAGCAGAACCGAGCCUCCAGAGCUCAGAGGAAGAAAGAGGAGAUGAACCGAAUACGAACACUAGUCGAUACGGCCUACAGCUGCGACCCCAGAAUAAAGAAAUUCAAGGAAGAGGAGAAAGCGAGGAAGGAGUCUGAGAAGAAAGCAAAAGCUGAAGCAAAGAAGAGAGAGCAAGAGGAGAGGGAGAGAGUGCGGCAGGCGGAGCUGGAGGCGGCUCGUCUGGCCAAAGAGAAAGAGGAGGAAGAGGCCAAGCAGGCGGCCCAGCAGGCCAAGAAAGAGAAGGACAUCCAGAAGAAGGCCAUCAAGAAGGAGCGGCAGAAACUCAGGACCACCUGCAAGACCUGGAAUUACUUUUCUGACAAUGAAGCGGACAGCGUGAAGAUGAUGGAGGAGGUGGAGAAACUCUGCGACCGGCUGGAGCUCACCAGCUUGCAGUCACUGAAUGAAAUCCUGGCUUCAGCCUCCAAAGACGACAGCAAGGCAGCCGUGGACAAACAGGUGCAGGAGGUGAACGCUCAGCUGCAGAGGGAGAAGGAGGCGGAGGUUCUGGCCCGGCAGGCGGCCCGCGGCGCCGAGCAGGCCAGCGGGGGUGGGGGCGGCGGGGGGAAGGGCUGGAACGAGGAGGACCUGCAGCUGCUCAUCAAAGCCGUCAACCUGUUCCCUGCAGGAACCAACGCCAGGUGGGAGGUCAUCGCCAAUUACAUGAACCUGCACUCCACCAGCGGCAUGAAGAGGACCGCCAAAGACGUCAUCAACAAAGCCAAGAAUCUGCAGCGACUCGAUCCAGUACAGAAAGAUGAGAUCAACAAGAAAGCCUUCGAGAAGUUCAAGAAGGAGCACACCUCAGUGGCGCCCUCCAUAGACAACGCCAUGCCCUCGGAGAGGUUCGACGCCUCGGCCAGUGAAGGCAGCGCGGCGCCCUGGACCACCGAGGAGCAGAAGCUUCUGGAGCAGGCCCUGAAGACGUACCCGGUCAGCACGCCCGAGCGCUGGGAGAAGAUCGCCGCCGCCGUGCCCGGACGCAACAAGAAAGACUGUAUGAAGAGGUACAAGGAGCUGGUGGAGAUGGUGAAAGCCAAGAAAGCUGCUCAGGAACAAGUGGCAGGAAAGAAUAAGAAAUGACAAGAACCACAAAAAAAAAGAAUUAGAGUAUCUGUGUUAUUUUAACAUUAUUGUGUUGGUCUUUAUUUUAUAAUAAAACUCCCGAGGAAAAAGAUCGAACUUAAAUAUUUGUUGUCGGGGAGGGGGUCAGAGUCUCUUCUGUUCAGAUUGUGCUGGUGUCCUCUACUUUUCCUCUCUCUGGUCUGUGGAGCUAAAAUCCUGCCACAACCUCGCAAACACACGAAUCCUGUUUUUCUCACACCCAACGAUUCACAAGUACACUCUGUGGUUUGUGAAUACAAAGCAUCAUUCACAUUUUGAUUCGUAAAUAAUAAACCUAUAAAGUAAAUAAAACAUUUUAAACAAAUACAAAACAUUUCUUCAAUUACAAGAAAAAAGUAUACAAUUCAA